AUGGCGGCAGACAGUGCCAUGCCUUGCACCACCAGCUGCAUCCUGGCGAAUUUGGAAUCGCCCAGCCUACGCAAGAGGCCUUGCUGGCCCAUUGCCGCCGCCCUCAGCGCCAGGGCAGGUACCCGAUGCCACCCGCAGCACCUGUGGCUCCACAAAGGAUCUGAGGGCAGGCCUGGUCCUGGGCAGGUGCUCGUGGGUCGCUCGGGCUUGCCGGAGCUGGUGUUCACGCUGCCCACCCGGGAACACGGCAGCCUCCACGGGAGGAGGUGCUUCUCGAACCCAGGACUCCUCCAAGUCUCAGGGCUGGAGCAACGCCUGCAGAGGGAAGGGAGGGCGCAGGCGCCGAGGGCUGCGCAGUCGCGGCGCGGGCGGGAGGAUGGUGCCGGGGUCAAUGCCAAGAAGGAAAAAGAUAAUUUCACGUUCAUUGAAAGGUUCUCCAUUCCAGACUCCGCUGUAAAGAGUGCUCAAGAUUACCAACUGUGGUUCUGUCGUGGCUUCCAAGAAGCCCCAAACCUACUCCAAGAGCAUGAGCAUCCCUAUGACAUCAUAAUGAGAAACAUUCAAAGUAACGUCAGUCAACGACGACGACGACGACGACGGAAAUCAAGGAAGUGCACAGCUUUUCCUGCCCUGCCUGGGCUGUAUGUGGAACAACCAGAUCUACAGGGGCGAUUCAUCCUAAAGCCCAGAGACCCAGCAGGAAGCCAGAAGCAGAGCAAUACAGAGGAGCCAACAGUUAAGAGAAGACGGCCUUUCAUAUCCUGGCUGUUCCACAAGGGCUCUGUGCCUCACCAGGACCAAGUGUGCACAACCCCACCAGUUGUGAAGACAGGAAAACUCUUCGGAAAAGAUCUGACUGCCAUUUGUGAGGAUGGCACUCUACCUACAGUGAUUCUGGUAGGUCUCAUAUGGUUCUUCUCUGGCUGCCCUGAGGACAAAAUCCUGCUUCUCCUAAAUACCCCCCCUUCGAGUCUAUCAUCAAGUGGAGAAACAAGUGUGCAUCAAAUCAUUGGCUUAAGAAUAGGAAGGUAAGAGAGGGCUAUUCACCACAAACCGUGUAUUGGAAAAGUUGGAUUAAAUCACUUUACUGUAGUGGAAAAUCUGAUUACAAAUAAACAUUGCCUGAGGUCUCAGGGUUAAC